AUGGGGACGCAAACAAAGGAGGAGGAAGGAAAGACAGCUCAAACAAAUGAAGCAAAAGAAGAAGAAAUGGCAAAUAGAGAUAUCGCAGGGAUUGCAGUGGCGUGCUGGGCGUGCACAGGUACACAUGGAUGUGUAGAUAUACUCAGAGUACAUGACGUGAAGAAAACCAGCCUGGCCUUGGCAGUAAUGGAUCAAUUCAUCGUCGGACAAAACCAACAAAAGGGGAACUUCACUGUCGAUUUAAACACAUUUUUCCCGUUGUCAUCGCUAGAAAGGGGACGUCCUUAA